AUGCACGCGCGCGCGGUGGAUGCGCCGCCGCUCCGGCUCUUCUGCACGCUCCUGCUGGCGCUCGCGGCGCUGCGGGCAUCAUGCACGAGCUCGGUGCUGGAGUGCCCGCCGACCUGCAGCUGCUCGAGCACCGAGAUUCACUGCAACAGAUCGCACCAGGGAAGCUUCUUCCCGCUGCUGGCACUGCACGAGACUGGCAUGGAGACUGGCAACGGCACGCACAGCUUACCGGACCUGUUUGAGAACAUCACCUCUAUACACAUCGAGAACUGGUCUGGGCUGCAAACCCUGCGGGACGUGGACAUGGCUCUGUACACCGGCCUCCAGAGACUGACCAUAACCAACUGCAAUCUGAGGCUAAUCCAGUCGCGGGCCUUCGCGCAGAACCCACAGCUACGCUACAUAAAUUUAUCGAGGAACCCUCUGAGCACCCUGUCCUGGCAGCUCUUCCAGAACCUGCAGCUCAUCGAUCUGAGGUUAGAGGGCGUGGUGUUUAACUGCAGCUGUGAGAUUCGGUGGAUCCAGCUGUGGCAGCAGAGAGGAGAAGCCGGUCUCCAUAACCAGCAGCUGUUCUGUAACACCGGAUACAGUAAAAUACCCCUGCAGCUCAUGAACAUCACACGCUGCGAUUUACCGGAGGUCAGUGUGACCCACAGUAACCUGACGGUGAUGGAGGGGGAUCGAGUCACCGUCAUCUGUAACGGGUCCGGGGUUCCAGUUCCAGAUGUGGACUGGAUUGUCAACUCACUGCAUUCCAUCACCGCGCACCAGGCCACUCAGUAUCCCCCGAACUUCCACUCUGUUAAACUCACCAUUUAUAACGUCAGUCGAGAUGAUAACCUUCAACCUCUGUCCUGCAUCGCUGAGAACAUCGUGGGCAUGAGCAACACCACCGUCCAGCUCUCCGUCCAGUUUCCUCCCUCCAUCACCCUCUUCAAGCCCCCGGAGAAGCUGCACGAUACCUGCAUGAUGUUCAUCGUCCGCGGUCAGCCGCUGCCCACACUGCGCUUCAUCCACAAGGACCAGGAGCUGCAGCAGUCCGUGUUCAAGCGCGUGGAGGCCGUGGUGUACCAGGAUGCGCUGGAGGGCUGCCUCGCCUUCAGUAACCCCACCCACCACGACAACGGCAACUACACCCUGGAGGCGCACAACUACCUGGGCGUGGACACCAGAACGGUGGGCGCCAAGUUCAUGGAACCGCCCUUCGAGGUUCACCACGCCCCGGUGAUACCGGUGAGUCAGACGCCCAACACCACGGUCACACACCGGCCCGAGGAGGACACGUUCGGGGUGUCCAUCGCCGUCGGCUUGGCCGGAUUCGCCUGCGUCCUCCUCCUCAUCAUGUUCAUACUCAUCAACAAAUACGGCCGGCGCUCCAAGUUCGGCAUGAAAGGUCCAGUAGCCGUGAUCAGUGGAGAAGAAGACAGCGCCAGCCCCCUCCAUCACGUCAACCACGGCAUCCUGAGCCCGUGUACCCUGGACGCCGGACCCGACGCCGUGGUUAUCGGAAUGACCCGGAUCCCCGUCAUCGAAAAUCCGCAGUACUUCCGUCACGGACACAACUGCAGCAAACCCUCCACGUACGUCCAGCACAUUAAGCGACGGGACAUCAUGCUGAAGCGGGAGCUCGGCGAGGGCGCGUUCGGGAAGGUCUUCCUGGCCGAGUGCUACAACCUCAGUCCCACCAAGGACAAGAUGCUGGUGGCGGUCAAGACCCUGAAGGAUCCGACGCUGGCGGCGAGGAAGGACUUCCAGCGCGAGGCCGAGCUCCUGACCAACCUGCAGCACGAGCACAUCGUGAAGUUCUACGGCGUGUGUGUGGACGGAGAUCCGCUCAUCAUGGUGUUCGAGUACAUGAAGCACGGAGACCUCAACAAGUUCCUCAGAGCUCACGGUCCUGACGCGAUGAUCUUGGUGGACGGGCAGCCCCUGCAGACCAGCGGGGAAUUGGGUCUGUCCCAGAUGUUGCACAUAGCCACUCAGAUCUCGGCGGGGAUGGUGUACCUGGCGUCUCAGCACUUCGUGCACAGGGAUCUGGCAACCCGGAACUGCCUGGUGGGGAACGGGCUGCUGGUCAAGAUCGGGGAUUUCGGCAUGUCGAGGGACAUCUACAGCACCGACUACUACCGGGUGGGAGGUCACACCAUGCUGCCCAUCCGCUGGAUGCCUCCAGAGAGCAUCAUGUACCGGAAGUUCACCACGGAGAGCGACGUCUGGAGCUUCGGCGUCAUCCUGUGGGAGAUUUUCACCUACGGCAAGCAGCCGUGGUUCCAGCUCGCCAACAACGAGGUGAUCGAGUGUAUAACGCAGGGACGGGUGCUGGAGCGCCCCCGCAUCUGCCCCAAAGAGGUGUACGACAUGAUGCUGGGCUGCUGGCAGCGGGAACCCCAGCAGAGGCUCAACAUCAAAGAGAUCCAGAAGAUCCUCCUGGCCCUGGGUAAAGCGGCGCCGGUUUAUCUGGACAUUCUGGGUUAAAACCUGCGGGUCAGGAGCGAGACCCGACACACACACUCUCACCUGAGCAACGGGACGGACUUAAGUGCCUGCUACACCUCUCCAAAAACCGGACGCCGGUCCGGGGGGGGGGCGCGUUCUGGGAUGUACAGUCGGAUACGGAGACGAGCUCGGAUUUAUAUUUUUUUUUUUUAUUUAUUUUAUUCUUUUGGGGAUUUUUUUCCUCAAUAUUCAGAUAUUUAGGAAGAUGGAGAAACAUUUUGGAUGUGUGGAUUUCUUCUCCAGCU